AACAAUUUACAAUAAUCAUCACUGGCGUUAGAGUUGGAUCAAUUACACAUAAACCUUAUUAAAUAAACAUAAUGGCAAUGGAUUCAAUGAGAGAAAAAGCUUUUCAAGAUUAUCGGAAGAAGUUAAUGGAACACAAAGAGGUCGAAUCAAGAUUAAAAGACAUGCGUGAACAAUUAAAAGAUUUAACGAAACAGUACGACAAGAGUGAGAAUGACCUAAAAGCUUUACAAAGUGUCGGACAGAUUGUUGGUGAAGUUCUCAAACAAUUAACAGAAGAAAAAUUCAUUGUAAAGGCUACAAAUGGACCACGUUAUGUAGUGGGCUGCCGUCGUCAAUUGGACAAGAAUAAGCUAAAAGGUGGCACCAGAGUUGCUUUGGAUAUGACCACACUGACAAUCAUGAGGCAUUUACCACGAGAGGUUGAUCCCCUUGUGUACAACAUGAGCCACGAAGAUCCGGGUGAUGUCACAUACUCUGCUAUCGGUGGACUUCAGGAACAGAUCAGACAAUUGAGAGAAGUAAUAGAGCUGCCUCUGAUGAAUCCAGAAUUAUUCGUCCGAGUUGGUAUUACACCACCAAAGGGAUGUUUGCUAUAUGGACCUCCCGGUACCGGUAAAACCUUACUGGCAAGAGCGGUUGCAUCUCAGCUGGAUGCUAAUUUCUUAAAGGUAGUUUCAUCGGCCAUUGUGGACAAGUACAUCGGUGAGUCAGCUCGGCUCAUCCGAGAGAUGUUCAACUACGCCCGCGACCACCAGCCCUGUAUCAUAUUCAUGGACGAGAUUGACGCUAUCGGUGGCAGACGUUUCUCUGAGGGCACAAGCGCUGACCGUGAGAUCCAGCGUACACUAAUGGAGCUUCUAAACCAGAUGGACGGCUUCGACUCCCUCGGUCAGGUCAAGAUCAUCAUGGCCACAAACCGCCCAGACACCCUCGAUCCCGCCCUCCUACGUCCCGGAAGAUUGGACAGGAAGAUUGAGAUUCCUCUGCCAAAUGAACAGGCUCGGCUGGAGAUUCUGAAGAUCCACGCGGCGCCCAUCGCGAAGCACGGAGAGAUGGACUACGAGGCCGUCGUGAAGCUCUCCGACACCUUCAACGGAGCCGACCUGCGCAACGUGUGCACGGAGGCCGGCCUCUUCGCCAUUCGCGCCGAGAGGGAAUACAUUAUACAGGAGGACCUCAUGAAGGCUGUACGAAAGGUGGCCGAUAACAAAAAACUUGAAAGCAAAUUGGAUUACAAGCCGGUGUAAUUGUUUAAUUUCCGAAAAAACACAUAUAUUGUCAUUAAUAUUCAUUUCUUAAUAAAUUUAGUUUAAAUA